AUGGCUGAACAAGGAGAAAGGAAGGGCCUGGGCGCUGUGCUGGCCCGGACCUCUCACCUCGACUUCUGUGAGCUGAAAAGCCACCUCCCUCUUGUGAAUGAGCGGGUCCUGAACAGACUCCACCAGGUACAGCGGAUAACGCGGAGGCUGCAGCAGGAACGGAGGUUCCUCAUGCGGGUGCUGGACUCCUACGGGGAUGACUACCGGGCCGGCCAGUUCACCAUCGUGCUGGAGGACGAGGGCAGCCAGGGCACAGAUGCCCCCACCCCAGGAAAUGCUGAGAACGAGCCGCCAGAGAAAGAGGGGCUGACCCCGCCCAGAAGGACUCCCGCAGUCCCCGAGUCCAGCAGCCCAGUGGCUGGAGAGGGGCCCAGUGGGCGGAAGAGGCGUCGGGCACCCCGGGAUGGACGUCGGGGGACAGGUAGUACGCUGACCCCUGUGCAGGUG